GUAUAAUAUAUAUAUAAAAGAAUCAAUCAGGGGCAUUUUUCUUCCUAAAUAAUUUGCGUCUCUUUCCUCUGUUUUAGUCAAAUAUAUGAGAGUAGUUUAUAAAUUAGUUGAGCUGGAGUUGCCAAACUUGGCUGUACAUCUGAGCAGUCUGGAUGGGAAGUUUUUGCAACUGAUAUUGUCCUCAAGCAGCUGAUCAUCCGAGCAUUUCCUUCCCCUGGCCAACCAGCAAAAUGACCACAUCCAGCAGUCAGAGCUUUUCUUUGUCUGUGGUCAACAACUUGGCCAAAAUAUUUGACCCAAACGCUUUGGAAAACCAAGGGCCUGAUGAUGGAAUGGAAUCCCUCCAAAUUCUUCAUGUUGCAAGCAGUGGUAUGAGCACAUCUGAAGGUUUUGCCAUGAUGGAUAUGAAGUUUGCUUCCCUUGAACAGAAAAUAGAUAGGCUGUUGAUUCUGCAAGACAGUGUCCUUAAGAAGCUUAACAGCGUUUCCCAAGAAGUCUGUUGCAUUGAAAAAGACAUGGAGAGCAUAAAGGCAGAAACAUCUGAGCCUCAAUCAAGAAUGGGAAGAAACAAAACCCAGAAAAGUAAUGAUAUGAAGAAGCUUUGCCUUAAAGUGGAAAAAUCUCUUUCUAAUAUAAACAAGAAUGCAAGGCAGCAGGUGAAAAGACUAGAUGGACUGGAACAAAGUGUUUCUGGACUACAGAAACUUUUAGGGCCUCUGAUUGAGAAGGUUAAAGCAUUAUUAAUUCUUGAUUCAAGUGUAAAACACCAUGUUAAAAAACGUAAACUUUGCAAGGCACGAGAUUAUAGAAAAGGAACUGGACAACUUUUUAGGAUGCACGUUUUCUCGGAGAAAACAGCUGAUAACCUGCUUAAGAAGAAAAGAGAAAAGGUCAUUCAAGAAAAGGCACAUUUGAGUGAAACAGAAACAGAAGAAACUGGGCCAGCAGAUUCAACAGAGGAUGCCAUCCAGAAGAGCCAGUCCUGCUCUGAGGAAGAAGAAGUUGAUAAACUCAACAAGGAAAAUGCUGAGAGGGAAAGUCCUGUUCUGCUUCAAAUUGAUACUCCUGAAUUUUUUGCUGAAGAGCCAGAGGAGAAAGAAGAAAGGAGCAGCUCUGUUCAGGAAUCCUUUACUACAGAAAAUCAGCAAGAAGAAUAUACUGCUAAUGAUGCUUGUCAAAGGAUAACUGAGCAGGAGAUAGAGAGUAAGUCCCCAACAGAUGAGAAGAGGAAGGAGGAACAUCAAGUGUCUGGAGAGGAAAGACAAGAGGAGAGGGAGAAUGGAGGGGAGGCAAGUGCUGAAAAAAGUGAUCAAGUUGUUGAGGAACCACCAGCUCCUUCCCAAAAUGAAGAGGAAGCAGUACAAAGUGAUGAUGAAGAGGUUCCAGAGGGCAGGUGUAAAGGCUGUGAAAAAGAUGGUAGCCCUACUCCACCAGCACCAUUUGAUCACCGGAUUGUCUCAGCCAAAAGGGUGGAGAUCAGCAAUUAUUAUAAUGUCAAUGAGAAUGAACUCCUGGGAGGAGGGCGUUUUGGUCAAGUGCACAAAUGUGAAGAGAAGGCAACAGGUCUCAAGCUAGCAGCCAAAAUUAUAAAAGCCAAAGGUCCGAAACAGAAGGAUGAAGUGAAGAAUGAAAUCAAUAUUAUGAACCAGCUGAAUCAUGUGAACCUCAUCCAACUGUAUGAUGCCUUUGAAUCAAAAUAUAACAUUGUCCUGGUCAUGGAAUAUGUGGAAGGAGGAGAGUUAUUUGAAAGAAUUAUUGAUGAAAACUACAAUUUGACAGAGAUGGAUACUAUCUUAUUCAUAAAACAGAUCUGCGAGGGAAUUCAGUACAUGCACCAAAUGUACAUUCUUCAUUUGGAUCUCAAGCCUGAGAAUAUCCUGUGUGUAAACCGAGCAACAAAUAAAAUAAAAAUUAUUGAUUUUGGAUUGGCAAGAAGGUAUAAACCCAGGGAAAAACUUCGAGUUAACUUUGGUACUCCAGAAUUUCUUGCUCCUGAAGUUGUGAAUUAUGACUUUGUCUCCUUUUCUACAGACAUGUGGAGUCUAGGAGUCAUUACUUUUAUGCUCCUCAGUGGAUUGUCUCCUUUUUUGGGUGAUGAUGACAAUGAGACCCUCAACAAUAUCCUGUCCUGUAGCUGGGAUUUUGAAGACGAGGAAUUUCGAGAUGUUUCUGAUCAGGCCAAAGAUUUCAUCUCAAAGCUUCUCAUCAAGGAAAAAUGCUGGAGAAUAAGUGCAUCUGCUGCCUUAAAACACCCAUGGUUAUCAGACCACAAGCUCCACUGCAGACUUCAGAGGGACGCCAAAGCUGUGUCCAAAGCAUCCCCAGCUCAAUAACCUCUCCGAAGGAACUGCCAAACAGAAGAAAAGCUGCUGUGUGGUUACUGCUGCUAAGAGAAUCAAAAAUAUCAGCAGUCUUGGUGCUUUACCCCCCUGCCAUGAACCGAGACUUCUAAAUGGACCAACAGCGCUUUAGCUGCAGGACAAGUUCCAGCAUUGCUGAGCUGCUUCUUCUCUGUUCAGCUGUUGAAAGAAGGAAAGUAUUUCUCCAGGUUGCAGGAAGGUGUUUCUUCUGGAACACCAUUUUCUCCAUGUCUGGGAAUGCUACAUUAGCUUGGAUUCAUAACGAAUAUUUCUCUGUCUUGUCUUAUACCCUCAUUUACUUAUCAAAAGCUCCUUAGGGUUCAAAUUAUCAGGUUAAAUUGACUGUUACUCAUCUCAGCCCAGAGGACAGUCUGUCACUGUGUUAUAUUUGCAAGGUUGAUUUGACACUGGAGUCAAAUAAUUUUAUUUUUUUUAAACAACAGCCAAUUUAAAGCUGCCUUAUGUAGAAAAUUUGAAGUUUGUUUUUCCUGUCACACUAAAAUGAGCUAAGGAUUAACUCAACCAAAGGUAGUCAUGUUAAUGUAACACCAGUGGGAGUGAAAAAUGAAGCUUUCCUUGCACAUAGGUGAAUUUGCUGCAACUGUGAUAUGAUGCAUUUUAGGAUUUUUUAGCCUGAUGAAUUACUGUUCAUUUUAAAUACACCUGGAUUAAUUAAGCAAGAAAGAAAACAAGGCACUAUUCAUUUGUACCCGUGCAGUCUCUGUUUCACAAUAUACAAGUAUAAUUCGGAAAUAUUUUAACAGAGUGAUUUUAUACCAGCUAAUUUGUUUAAUGCUAAUAGGACUGAUUGAGACCCUUGGCAAAGAGUCAGUCCUCUGCUCACUAUAACCUCCAGGAACAGGCCCAAAUGAAAAUCUGUUUUUCUCAAGUUUUCUUAUCUUGCUUCCAACCCUUUCUGAUUCUGAACUAGAUGAAACCCUGUAAGUGGGAAUGGCUGAAUUCUUUGCCCAAGAUUGUUUGAGUGUGGCUCAUUGUUAAAUGAAUCUGAGUCUUACUUGCACCUUGUCUGUGAGGUUACAAUAAUGAGACAUACUCCCUGCUGUAUAGGGCUUUCUGACUGCUUGGUUUCAGAACUAUAUAAAUGCAAAGUAUAUUGAGCGUUUUUUUCAGUGAUGCUGACAUAUUCUGGUGCCUUCAGAUUUUCUUUGGUUAAUCUAGUUCUGAUCAAACUGCACCCUAACAUAGCUAUCUCUAAGUAUUUAUCUAUACAUUUCAUGUAUAUUUGUAUUUAAAUGAUAUCUUUUUUUUUUUUUUUUUUUUUUUUUUUUGUGGGAUCAACAUAAAGAUGUAACAGUAUUAUUCAUCACUACCCAGUGAAUUGUUUUUCAUACCUUUGUCCUUUCUGGGUAGCAUUCAUAUGGAAAUAAAAGGGGCUCUUUAAUGGGAUGACCAUGACAUUCUGUACAGCCAGCUUGAUCCAACGUUUAAAGCCAUUGUAGUAGAUCUUUUAUGACUACUCCUGUAAAUGAAUAGGGCUCCUUACAGAUGUGAAACCUAAAAAAUACUGAUUUGCUGUACUAGUUGUUGCAAGUCUAUAAGACCCAUAUCUACUAUCACACAAUGGUUCACCACAUAACUCUGAUACCAUGUAGAGUACUGCCACCUUCAAAUCCUUAUCUGUAGUCUUAACUAAAGUAAAAUUUUACUAAAGUUUCUUUGGGAGAAAACUAAGCAGUCUCAAAGCAAGAAAACAAGCAUAUGACUUUUAGAUAGAAACUAGGCUGCUUAUUUUUAGUCAUUUUUUGUGUUUCUGUGCAAAAUAAAUAGAAAAGCUACCUUUCUGUUUGUACUGGAGUUCCCACUCCUGUUCUGACUACCUUCAAGGUGUUGUAGGUAUUGUACAGUAAACAACUAAACGAUCAGACAGAAAUGCAGCAGACCACUUUGGAAUGACAAGAUCUCAUCAUGCACUUUAGUGCCAGUAUUGUAGAACUGAGUUGGGAGUUCUGUUUUUCCUGUGGUAGAUUUAUAUGGGUAUGAAUAAAUUGCAUGUCAUUUUGAAUCUUAUUAACUCUACUAAAGUAACAGUGUGACUACAGUCUUAUCUGCUUUGUUGCUCAGUUGAAUUAAGUAGAUUAAUCAUUUGUGGAUACAUACAUACACCUGAGUAUUCAUUGUGAGCUUAAUGCCACAAAGAUCAGCCCUGUGUGUGUUGCACUGUGUCAGACAAAAAUCCUCUAUGAGCUGUGGGAGAAUGGGCCACUGUUAUGCACAUCAGCAGAGUUCAUCUGUACAGCACUCUAUCAGAAAUACACACACAGAGGAAUUACAAGGGAGGGUGGAGGAGCUUGCCAUAUUUCACACACUUUGGGGGCCCGGCUCUUUCAGGAGGUGUGAGCUGAAGAGAGGGCACCUCACUAACCCCUUGCUUGUGCAACAGGGCAGUGUGCUCAGAUGCUCAUGGGAUGUAAUUGUUUUUUUACUAAUACUGAUAAUGAUGGUUACACUCUUCUCUGUCAGUUGCCUCACUUUUUCCUCCUUGGAGCAAAUCCUGUAGUGGGGUUGAGGUUGAGGAGGGGACAGAUGGAGGAGAUUGGACUGAGCAAGUCUUGACAGUGACUGAAGGUGUCAUUUGGUACCCAGUGGUCAGCACAAGAUUGGACCUGCAGGCAUCUGGCAGAGGAGGAAAAAACUCCUAAGCAUACUUCUUGUUAUUGCCCCAUAGACUCAAGAUCUGCAGCCCCAGGUCAAAAGGAAGACACAUCACUGAGGUCAUUAUCAUUAUUAAGGAUAAAAAAAUUACACUGCUGUGGAAUUAUCACUGCUAUCCUUAGUGGUGUGCCUGAGAAAAAUGUCUCCAGAGAUGCUUAUUUGUGUCUUUUUUUGGUUGUUGUGAUUUUAAAAAAAUAAUAACUUGACAUAGCUUCUUUUUUGGGGCGGUUUUCUAAUUCUGUCUCAUUGCACUUUGAGCAUCAUGCUGGGGUGUGUGUGUGUGUGUGUGUGUGUGUGUGUAUGUUUGAAAGUUUGGUUUUUGGUUCUGUUUUCCUUAAAUACAUUCUGUAAUGAUUAAUAGCUAGAGACUGUUAUAUUAAAUUAUUUGUUUUAACACGUUAUUUAUUUUCUACUAGGUAAUAGUAAGUUAACUAGGAUCUAACAAGUCAGCUGCAUCUCUGUGAGUUUGUUUAUCAUAAUGUUUGUUGCUUCUUGGUUUGUGCAAUUUAAUUUGCAAACUGAAUUGCUGUGCUUGCAACCAGAUUUGAGUGUGAAAGGCACUAUCCUAGCUGCUGGUACUCUAUUGAACUGCACAUCCACAGACAGUCAGAGAUACUGCAAAAGUGAUACAGAUAUAUCAAUUGUGGUGGCCUGAUAGAGUCUCAGGGUGCAGUAUUUGGUCUGCUAUACACUGUUGUAUUCUUCCUAACAUGUGAAAAUAAAAGGCCAUGUAAUGGGAAGGUAGUGAUUUAUACUAGGUGAUGAUUUGGCCCUCACAUUUGCACACAGGCUCCUUGCUGGACUUGAAAAAGGCAGAGGGCUUUCUCUUUAGAAAAGCAGCUCUAGCAGUAACAUUGCACAGGGGUUGUUCUGCAGGGAUGACCUGUGGGAAGUUACUCUUUUCAGUGGUCUCAUAUGUAACUGUACUCAGAAAAGCACGACUUCAUUUGUCAGGCACUGGAAGACAGCUCUCACCUGGUGCUUACAGGAAUUAGAAUGCUGUCAUUCACAUUUCUAUAGAUGCAGUGGAGAGACUGAGCUAGAGAAGAUCUCUGAGAGUUUUGCCCAAGAUACACCAAAGUAGCCUAACAUUAUCAUCCGGAUUAGAAGCAAAUUGAUUGGUUCAAGAUGGGACACCAGUGGCUUUACAACUCCUUUUACAUGUUGAACAUUUGAAAUGCUUAAAAAUACUGCAGAAAGAUGUUCAUGCUGUCCUAUCCAUGUUUGUAAGCACCUGCAGACAGUUGCUUUCCUGAGUACCCUCACAGCAUAAGCCAUUGGCAAACUGUGAUAAUACACUCUGGAGAUUACAAUAGAAGCUGCUUCUUAAUUUCUCUUUCAUAUUCCUUCUCAUCUUAGAAGCUGAAAAAAGGUAAAUCCAAAGCUAAAUUCUGCUAAAUUUAACUUGAUCCCAACCAGGAAUAACUGUCAGUCUCCAUAGAAUUAACUAAGGGGUUGGUCCACCUUUUUUUGAUGUGAGAGAGCCCACCACCCAAAAAAACCCCAACCAAACCAACCAACCAAACAAACCAAAUCUAUUUUGCACAAGUCUUGACCACUAAGAAUAAAAAGAAACUUAAUUUUUAGCAGCCAAGGAGUCAGGUUUUUUAAGCAGUGGCUAACUUAGUGCAGUAAGAAUCUAGGUAUUUUGGCAUCUUCAACUUAAUGCUGACAUUACCAAUCACUGAUAGACUGUUUUAGCAAAAUGGACCCCACCAGCAGGAGCUGAGAGAAAAGUGAGUGUUUGUCAGCUCUUCUCCACUGAUGAGGACCUGGAAACAUCCCAUGCCCUUCCCUGGCCCCACCAGUUAGCAGGACAAUUCUUAGCUUGUGGUCUCUUAGGAAGUGCUCAUGAUUGCAGUUUUACUUAGUGUCAAACCCACAGCAGUGAAGAAUGAACACUGGUGCUUCAAACUCCUUCCAGGAGGAUGCUGCAUCUUCGCAUCUGACUUAUAUGGUCACUAAGGGAUACUUGUCCUUGUGUCUUGUUUAAAUAAAACUAAACACUGCAUGAAUCCAUUUAGGAAUGUUAGACUGUUUCACCUUCCAUGAAGGCUUGGUAGCUGAACAACUAACUAACUGUUCAAAUCUUAGAUGAAGGCUGGUAGAGAUAAGGCUUUGUAAAUACAUUAUUUAGCUAUGUCCAUAGAGUUAGUGAUCACAUUUUGGGGCAGCAGAAUUAGUGUACCCCACGGCAACCUCCCUGGAAUUUAGAUGACAGGCAUGUGCAAACUGACUUACAAAAAACGUGGAUUUUCAUGUACCAUGUUGCUUUGGCUUGCAUAUCUGGUGUUGUAGAUUAACUCCUGUAUCUCUGGUAUGUGUUCCUUUGUGAAAAACAUGAAGCAAUCUUGUAAAAAGAUGACUGAGAAAUAAAUGCUGAUUUUGUUUACUC